CCGCAAACAUCACUCACUUUAUGAAUCAAUCUUCCUACCUUUUCUUUUGCGUUUUCAAAAUACUGUGCAUUUUGGAAUGCGGAUAUUUAAUUAUUUUCUGUCCUCGUUAACGGGAAACAGGCUUAAUUGAAUUUAAUUCAUCCGGUUUUACGAAUUAACAUAGCAUCGUUUUUUUUUAAAUUGCUGUCACAAAAUGAAAGCAAUCAUAGUCACUGAAGGAGGAAGGUGGUAAAUCAGUUACAAUGUCUGCAGAAGGGCUAGAACGUGCUGGUGAAGGCCCUGAUCCAGAAGAUCCAAUAACCGUAACGAUUGGGGCCACAGUUCCUACUGGAUUUGAGCAUUCGGCCGCAGAAGAAGUCGGGGAAAAAAUAGGCACUGAUGUUCGAAUAAGUAAGGACCGUGGUAGGAUAUACUUCAAAACCACUCAUGUAAAUUUGCCUCAGAUUCAUCGCCUGAGAUCAGUCGACAAUUUGUUCGUUGUGGUGGAGGAGUUUUCAGAUUAUUGUUUUAAAGACACAAAGGAGGAAACUCUGGAAGACUUCCAGAAGCUUGCUGCUAAACUCCCUUGGAAAUGGCCUUUGGAAGUGUGGAAAAUAAAUAAUUCUUUAAAGAAAAAGCGAUCUCGACAGAAAAUAAGUCAGACAGCAUCUGCUAAGGAAGCCUCGGUUGCUGCAGUUCAAGAAAAUGGCAGUGAAGAUUCUUGUUCUGAAACACUGGUCAAGAGGGAGGACUCGCAUACAGAAGCAGAAGGCAGCCACACGAAGUCAAAACAAUCCAGUGAAAUCUCUAGUGAUCUUGAUGAGAAAAAAGAUGAUGUUCAAGAUGUAAAAGAUGGGAAGAAAAUGAUAUCUGCAGAAACUGCUUCAGCCUCAGGGAAUGGUGAUGUGGUUGAAGGUGGUAAAGACUGUGAAGGGCCAGAGGCAGAGGGCUCAUCUAAGCUGCUUAAAUUUCGUGUGACUUGUAACAGGGCUGGUGACAAACACAAUUUUACUUCAAAUGAUGCUGCAAGAGACUUUGGGGGAGCUGUACAAGACCUUUUCCAGUGGAAACCAGAUAUGACCAGGUUUGACAUAGAGGUUCUGCUAAAUAUCCAUAAUAAUGAGGUGGUGGUUGGCAUUGCCCUAACCGAAGAGAGCCUUCACAGAAGAAACAUAACUCAUUUUGGGCCGACGACCCUUCGAUCCACUCUGGCUUAUGGAAUGCUGAGGCUUUGUAAUCCCCAAAUAUCAGAUGUUAUAGUUGAUCCAAUGUGUGGAAGUGGAGCAAUACCUUUAGAGGGGGCACUUGAAUGGCCACAUUCUUUCUAUAUGGCUGGAGACAACAAUGGAAUGGCUGUAAACCGGACUGGGAAUAAUAUUAAUCAUAUCCAUAAGAAAAGACAAAGCAAGGAAGGUACUGCCUGGGGUCUACCUAUAGAUACUGUACAGUGGGACUUGUGCAAUCUUCCUAUGAAGACUGGCUCUGUGGAUAUUAUCAUAACGGACAUGCCUUUUGGGAAAAGAAUGGGCUCUAAAAAGAAGAACUGGGAUUUAUAUCCCUCCUGCCUGAAAGAAAUGGGACGAGUCUGCAGACCAGGAUCAGGGAAGGCUGUGCUGUUAACUCAAGACAAGAAAUGCUUUGCUAAGGCUGUGUCUAAGAUGGGAUACCUUUGGCGGAAGUCCCACACUGUGUGGGUGAAUGUCGGUGGGCUUCACGCUGCUGUUUAUCUCCUGAAACGUACUGGUCUGAGCUAUGGAAAUGCUGAAGAUACAAGUGAGAAUAAGGAAGAAGCUGAUGAAACCAGAAGUGAAGAAAAAUAAUUUUGAAACAACUGUUUCUCAAGUGUCAAAAUGGAUAUGAUGUGAUGUGUUUAUGCUUAAAAGGCCUGGUGAUCUUAUACACUUACAAAAAUAGCUGUAAUGAAGUCUAAAGCCUAACGGUGAUCCACCUUGCAUUUAAACACUUUCACCUUUCAUAUACACCUUCUUAAUAUCUUUAUUUUUUAAUAAAGGACCUUAUAAUUUGGCAUAUUUUUUCAGUGAGGUCUGUCAUUUUAAAAUUAUUCUAAAAAUGUAUAUUACUUUUUUUCAGUUCAGAUCAUAUGUUUCCAAAUUGACACCUUAAGGAUAUAGAGGAUUGUGGAAUAAAUGAUUUUUUUUACUGUGGUCUGUUUUACUGCCUUUUCUUAAAUGUUAAAUUAUUUCACAACUUUAUUUUUUUUUCUUUGUAAACACCUAAGCCAUUACCUUCAGUAAUUGAAGGUUAAAAAUUAAAGUUUUUAAAUAAAUCUUAGAACUCUGGAACAGUUGUGGUUAGAACUAGUUUCUCUUAGUUUUGUUCUUAGUUUGUGGAAGUGGUCAUGAUUGUUCUCUGCUAUGAUUGAAAAUAAUUUGUGUGUUCUGUACUUACGCCUCUAUCUCUUCAUGCUUAACAAAUAAGUUUAAAGAACAGCUUCUUUUAUCUUCUCUAUUGAAAUCCUCCUUUGCUUCCAGAGUACAACCUGCACCUAUGAUAAUUCGAUUUUUAACAAUGUUUUCUUAUGGCUUUCAAAUCUUAUGGCUUUGCUUGUUUCAGUUUUCUGCUCAUAAAAGUGGUGAUUUUGUAGUGUAAUUUUUUUUUUCGAGAAAAUCGUUUUGGAGGGAUUCAAAUAUAUCAGAUGUUAACUAUUUUUAAAAGAAAUAUUUAUAGUGUUGGGCUUCUUAUCUAUACUCAAGGGCAUGCAGAAUUGUUAUAUUCAGUAUAAGCCGAAUAUGGUUUUGGUUAUUGGUUUGUUACUUGUAGUAACAGUGAGAUGUGUAUACUAACAUACAGGUUCAUGGCUGUACACAAUGACCAUGUUACCUGCAGCAUUCUCUUAAUUGCAGUGUCCUUUUAACAUAAUAUAUUAACAACAAAUAGGAACUUUAAUUUGGAAGACGUAAAUCUUGUUGAAAGUUUAUCAAAUAAACCUGAAGUGUGCUUCAUAAACGUACUCAGAAACAUCAAUACCAUGCAGGUUCUUUUUUUGCUUAUGCUUUAAGCUAAAUACUUUGCUGCAUUUAAAUUGUACUUGCCUGUUCUUUUAAAGCGUAGAAUUGAAGACCGCUGCACAAAUGAUUAGAUUUCUUGAUUAAAUGAUAAAGGUUCACAUUAAACAGUGUGACGUAA